AUAUUUGUUUUAAACAGAACAAGAUUUAAUGGUGGUCGAAGCUUUACAUAUAGAUGGUGACGGACAGGUCAAAGAAAAUAUGGAUAUAUCUCUCGUUUGCACUGUUAACGCACAUACUAAGAAUCCAAAAUGGUUUCAUAACAACAAGGAAAUCACACAAUCGUCUCGAGUAGUUGCCGUUUCAGAAGGUCUGGAGCAUAAACUUACCAUUCGGAAUGUGCAGUUUGACGAUGACGGAUUGUACGUAAUAGCAUUUGAUAGAGUUACAUCAUGUACAACAGUAACAGUAAAGGGCGAAGCUGACCUGUCAGUAAAACUUCAACUAUCAGAAAGACUUUACACCAACUGGGUAAGAGCUGUCCUUGGUCUUAAGUACCUUAAGCUUGGUAUAGAAGGUGUAGCAGAGAAAGAAGUGAAACGUCGCCAUACUGAAAUAUUGAAUACACUACCUAAUUCAAAACAACCAUGUACACAAUGUAGUACAGAGAGUCUUUAUCCCUUGCACGAUAAGAAACAAUGUUACAGAAAACAAAACAAGAAUAAGUGUCUAUGUUCAGAUUACCAACAUAAUAGGCAGCAGUGUCCUGAUAAGGGAUACUGCAGUCUGUUUUAUGACCAGAUAGUUUCCGAUCAUUGGUUCGAGAAUCCUGAACUGGAGAACACGCAGCUUGAUCGAUGGAGCUACGACCCAUGGAGUGUGGCAACUUGCUAUAUAAAUACCAAAGGCUACAAAGGGAAGGGUUCUUCUAAAGAAAUUGACUGCGCAGGACUGCUGAGUUUGUUCAUAAACAACAGGAGAUACCUUACAGAUGUCAAUUAUGGUGUUUUUGAUUUGGCGAGAACCACUCGCAAUGAGAUACUGCACAAUGCGAAUUAUGAACUGUCAGACGACCAACUUCAUGAAUAUUUCGGUAAUUUCAAAGAUGUACUGGAAGUCAAGAACAAAGCUAAUAAGAUGGUAUUUGCAAAGGAUGAAAGCGUAAAAGAAGCAUUGAAAAAUAUUGACAAGUUAAAACAGCAUCAAAUUAAUAUUGUUACGUUAGAAGAAAUCCAAAACUUGAAAGACCACGCAAUGAAGGAAGCUGCUGAUACGUUUAAAGAAGCUCAGAAACAAAGAGACCAAGAAGUUCAACACUUGAAUGAAAAAUUGAAAAAGGCGGAAGAGGAACUACAGGUGAUACGACAGCUGAGAUCAGCUGUUCAGAGGGACAGCCGUUUGGAGGAAAAGGAAGAGUUACUUGAACUCGUGUUGCGAUUAGGUAUUCGUGUUGUGACGCCAAUGGGAGAGUCAGCAAGUGAGGUAAUUCAGCGUGUACAUGAGUUUAUACAAUAUACAGUAAAAAACAAAAAAAUCUUCAGAGAGGAUUCUAUCCCACCUACUGUUCAAACCUACAAGAAAACUUAUAAAUCAGUCCAGCAGAUACUUGGAAAGAUAUUCGUCUCUCAGGAUACUCAAGUUGAUUUGCUGCAAGACCAGUCAGAUGUGUCCUUCAAAAUAAACUGCAUUUCCUCAAAAGACUUGGGAAAACGUCUUACCAUAUACCAUGGAGUUGAUUUCCAGGAAGCCAUAGCAGAUUUACAAAAGAGUUUAGAGACUGAAGACGAGCGGAAAAGGAAAUAUGAUGUUGAGACAUGUUGUUCCUCUCAAAAUUUGAAAAAUAUCACAAAACAGCUAUCUGACCAUGGUGUAUUGAAUGGUUCAUAUACUGACUUUAGAUGUGAGAGGCAUGACGGUACACAGUGUUCAUGGUAUUGCGGAGAACAUGAAAAGUUUUUUUGCAAGUCGUGUAAGGAAACCAACCAUAGGUCGUGCUUUGGACUUAAUAAACUCGGGGAAGGAGAAGGGCAAGGAAAACUAGAAUUGAAACUUAAAUCAUUUAUAACUCCACGUCCAGGAUUUAAAAUUUCCUGUAUCUGCACGCUGCCGAAUGAUGAUGUUCUCAUUGGUAGCAGGUAUUCCGCAGAUCUUAUGAAACUUGGCAGUUCGUACGAUCUAAUCAGUCGCUGUGUUCUUCCGUCCACUCCAUCCGGCGUGUGUUAUAUAGGCAACGGUAGAGCUGCUGCGGUUUGUGGAAACAAACUUGUGUUUCUAGAUGUUACAUCUAAUAGUGUAUUGCAUGAGGCGUUACUUCCCAUCUUUGAUAUGAAGAGCAUAGCUUGUCAUGGUGAUAUGAUUUAUAUAUGUGAUAGAGAGUCUCUGUAUACCUGUAACACAAAUGGUAUAAAUCUACGCAAAGAGAAAACGUCUAUUUUAAGGACAAAGAAGCAGAUUAUUAAUCUUGGAAGCAAUUUUGAAAGCAUUGUAGUAAGUGAUAAUGGAGAGACUAUUUACAUAAUAGAUCAAUCCAAACUGCAUAUAAUUCAUAGUAAUGGUGAUCUGUCUAAUAAGGAAAUCGUACAAGGUCCUGUCGGUAUCUGUUGUCUUGGAAAUGAUUUAAUUGUUUGUUGUAACCGGCCUCGUGUUUUGAAACAACUUGAUUUCAAAGGCGACGAAGUUAAAAUGCAUAAACUCUACGACAUUUUUUCUAUAUUGUCCUUGCCGUCAUUGUGUUAUGAUAGAAAACGCUCUAAUCUUAUUGUUGGUUGCGAAGAGGGGGAUAUCCUUUUGUUUGACAUAAAGUACACAGUGUAAGGCAGAAUACGAUUCAGGAUCUUAUUAACUAUACAGAAUAGUUAUGUAACCAAUCGAAUAUUGCUCUGUAUGGUAUAUGAUAGUAGUACAUUUUAACGGACUCCCUUAAAUAGAAACCUUAAUCAAAAACAUUGAUAAUUCAUUGCAUCAUUAAAAAACGCGAUAAACGAAAUUUACAAAAGAAGUUUAUUCCCCGAACAAUAUUUUGAAUUACUUUUCGAUGUGUAUGUAAAUACAACUGUGACACUAAAUUGGAAGUAAGAUAUUUUGAAAAAGUAUUAUGAUUUAAGGCUAUCAUAAUACUGUAAAUUAAAUUCACUUUAUAAAAUAUACUAUUUUUGAGGAUAAGAUGAUAUAAAAGAUGAAGAUACACAUUAUUUCUGAAGCAUUAGCAAGUAAAUUAAUUUCAUUGUUACAUGAUGUUGUUAUAACUUAUUGUCCAAUUCUAUUGUAUAUGUUAAAAAUAUGUAUUUAUUUCUACCUGCUAUGAAUAUUUAUGCAUCGAAAAAUAAAAUGGUAUUAAAAUACAUACACAGUUGAGAGAUAAAAUGAAUUAAUUGUGUACAUAUUUCAUAAAAAGUAGGUUAAAACAUACACGUCAAACAAAGGACGUUUUUAUUUUCUUAAAGCGCGAUGUACACGUGAUCCUGUGGAACAAGCAAAGAAAAGAAAUCAUUCCACACGAUUGCGUUUUUGCUUUUUUGUAUCAACAAAAGUCAGCACAUUUAGAAUUUAAACAGUUUUAAGUUAUGAAGAGUAUUAUUUUCUAUCAAAAUUAUUUUAAGUUAAAGUAUAUUCUUAUUUCAGGGUAAAGUGCAGAACUUUAUUUUUUGUACAUUUUUAUUUGUUAUUAACACACUAAUAUACUGCUUUAAUAUGCCAUUGAAUGCAACUCACAUUUUCAACCUCACAUUAUCUCUUAGUCAAAAACAGUUUCCAAAAACCAAAUCAAACAGAUGGAGAGGACAGUUGUAUCGUCUUGCUAACUGUUAAAAAAAACGCUUUUAUGUGUCACAGUAUUAUUCAAUUGGUAUGAAAAUGUUUUGAAUGUUUCAGAAUGCCAAUUUAUUUAUGCAAGUGCAUACAAGUGUUCUGCGUACGAAAAGGGAUGAUUAUAUGUUUUGUUUGAUGUACAGUGAGCAGCAUGUCGCUCGAAGGCCAAAUUGUCUUGAUAUUGUUUUGUCUUAAACAACAGUUGAAAUAGUUACCUUAAGGAAAACAGAUUUAGCUGUUUAUAUAGUCAUUUAGUAUAAUAUUGUUCCCAUCAAAUAUUUGAAACUAUUGGGAUGUUAUAUUUAGCUAAAUGUGAAUGUGUUUACUUAUUAAAUAAACAGAUGAAUAUUA